AUGCCUCCAAAAACAAAACGACGGGUUAUUGAAGACCCCAACAAUACAUGGAAUCAUCAGUUAAUGGAGGCUUGUUUACAUUACAACAUCACAGAUGCAGAAGCUGUGUAUGAGAAUGGUGCGGAUCCAAUAGGUGCACGUGAGAAAGUGCCUUUCUAUCCAGAUCCACUUCCACCUCUCAUCGCCCUUCUUCUUCUUAAUGGUCGAUCUACCACAGAAGCUACAAAUACGAUGAAUUGGCUUAUUGCUCGUGGUGCUAAAGUCUCACAGUUUAUUCCUCUUCAAGGAAAAAAUUUCUUUACGGAUCCAGAUGAAACCGGUACCAUUCUGCACCUUCUCGUACAAUUAGGUCAACCAUCAUUAUUAGUGGAAGUCCUCGCCCUGAUUGGAGAACCCCGUCCAACACCCAUGUCUCUAUUAAGACGUCUACCACGUACAGAUCCAAGUGUGCUAUCUAUGUUUUCAUUAAAUCCUGUAUCUACUCCACCAACACAAACAUCUACAGCAGGUGCUGCUCCUACUGUAGCUGCACGGCGACUGGGAAGUGCAUCUGGGAAUACAGUUGCAGGGGCUGCUGCGACUACAAGACGAUCUGCACGACACUCACAUGUCUCACCCGAAUCCUCUCCAGUCUCAUCACCAAAAUUUCAUAUGGAUGCUAAUAUGCAUUUAAAAGGAGAUAUUAUUGAUUUCUCUGCACGUACAUCUGUUCAUAGUUGGACCGCAUUAGAUUUAGCUCUUCGCCGCUCAGAUGCCCUAAUGGUACAAUUACUACUUUACUACGGAGCUCCUGGUGUGUUUCACUCUCUUGUUAAUGGUAUGCAAACAGCUCUAGCACGGGCUUGUGCUGCAGGUGAUAAAGAACUUGUAGAAACUCUUUUAGAUGCUGGAGACUCUAUUGGACAAAUAUCAUUGGAUGGUCGGUAUACAUUAAUACACUAUGCUGCCGCCCAACCAGCCGUGUUGGAUCUCUUGUUGGCUCGUGGUUUAUCUAUUGAUGCACCUAAUGCCUUUGGUGAAUCCGCGCUUGUUUCUCUUAUCUGUUAUGGACAAGGUGUAAAUGCGGAUUACUCUAUACGUGAAACCCCACGACCUGCAGAUGCCGCACGACUGGCCGCUCUUCCUCCACCCGCAUUGCGAAAUUACAUCUUAACUCCAUUACCACCUCUCAUGGCUCCCUCCUCCUCCACUGCAGGAGCCGCAGCGAGAGCUUCAAAAGUGAUGGUUAAUACCGCCGGUAGUGUUGUAGGCGAUACGGAAUAUCCAAAUACGGUACGAGAUGCCGAUACUUGGUGGUAUUUUACAUCUGGUAGUAAUACAUGGGCGAUGAUACAAAACUUGUAUGAACGGGGUGCGGAUGUGAAUGGGAAUUUACCACGUGGAGAAUCUUCUAAAAUGACCCGACGUACUAAUGAAAACAAACAAACAUUAUUAUUAAAGGUUUCACCACAAUAUCAACAGCAAUUUCGUCAUACCCCUUCAAGUUCCCCUUCCGCUUCUCUACUGAGCGAUAGUUAUGGUCUUCCUAUGAGUGGUCCUACUGGUGCCUCUACGGAGGAAGAUAACUUGGAAGAUAGUGAUAACCGUCCUAAUAUGCAAUGUACUAUACAAUUAACACCACUCAUGCAUGCUAUUAUUGCCUACCACCCGGAGUUAAUUCGUCGUCUUGCGGUAGAAUAUCGUGCAGAUCCAAUGGUAAAAAAUGUAUAUGGAGCAUGUGCAUUACACUACGCUGCUAUGGCUCGUCAUCCAAGUGUAAUGGAGUUAAUGCUUUCUCAACUUGUUAUCCCUUUACAUCCUCAUUUUGAUAUCAAUACACAAGAUUGUUGUGGACGAACACCAUUACAUUAUGCUGCUAUGUACGGUAAUGUACCAGUUGUGCGUGUACUCCUUACAUUAGGUCAAACAUUACAUGCUGGUAAACCAGACUUUGCAGGUCGUACACCCCUUCAUCUCGCCGUAUUAGCCGGUGAUACUUCUGUGGUAGGAUUACUUCUACACUAUGCGGAAGCUUCUGUGGCCAUGGAGUCUGUGAGUGUCAGUUCUUUACCACCAUCUAAGAAACGUCCUCUUUCGAUGCGUCGUAAACCGCGGCAUUCCUCUGUGACGAUUGAUGGUAUGCCGUUAGACCCCACCACCGCCUCUGCAACGGGUAUUGAUGUAGAAACAGAAGAUCUUAUCUCUGGACAAUCAGCACUGGAGAUGGCAGUAUGCACUACACAUGAUGUUGCGAUUGUACGAUUAUUACUUACCAUUGGUUGUGCGUGUGUACGGCAUGGAAGUGGUUUACCAACAGGUGGAACACUUUUACAUCGUACGGUAACAGAUGGACAAACAGAGAUUAUGAUAUUAUUAUUAGAAAACUAUGCGGAUCCAAAUGAAAUGGAUGAUCGUGAACAAACCCCAUUACACCUUGCCGCACAGUCUUCACUUCCACAAAGAUGUGAAAUGGUGCGAGAACUUAUGCGUUUUGGGGCUGCCGCGGAAUCACAGAGUGGAUGUACAUUAGAAACCCCAAUUAUUAUUGCCGCCCGUCGUGGGGAUGCGGAGAUGUUAGAUCUCAUGCUUCAUCAACAGGAAGAGUUCACAGGCACAAGUAUGAUGGGAUCACUCUCAUCUAGAACAGCAGAGCGAGCACGUAAUCGCAGUACCGCACGUCAUCAGUCCACUUUAUCACCAUCAAGCCGACGUGCUGCUCGACAACAAGAACAAUCACAAGAACAAUCACAAUCACAAUCACAACAACAACAGGAGCAACAACAAGAACAACAAUCACAAUCACAGCAGAAACAAACAAAACAAUCCAAACAAAAACAACAAAAACAAUCACAACAAAAACAAGGUUCACGUGGACGAACUCUACAUCGUCGUGCAAGUAAUGUUUCCGUGGUCUCUGAAGCCAAUGGGAAUUCACUUUUUGAUAACACCUGCAGUCUAGAUUCACGGACCUUGUUAUCAUCGCCUGCUAUUACACCAACAACCUCAGCAGGAGGAGGAGGAGCAGCAGCAGCAGCAGGAGUAGUAGCGUCUAUACGUGGAAGUAAUGAAAACUCUGUGGAUCGAGCUUUAUUGACUCCAAAUCAUUUACUGAUUGCCGAUGGAAAAGUACGUACGGCACUUCAUUACCUCUGUGAUCAAAGUGAUGCACAAAAACAAAAGGAACUACUCCCACUCUUACGCGAAAUUCUUCGUUGUCCACUAGCCUCAACAUUAGUAAUGCAGUUAGAUAUAAAUGGUCGACUCCCUCUACACGAUGCCUGUGCUGCUGGAUACACCGCAGCUGUACAAGAGUUACUUCGUCAUGAUGAUGGGAAUACCACUGUUUUCAUGGAUGCCAGUGGUUUCACACCACUCCAUUGUGCUGUGAUUGCAGAUGAUCCUGAGAGUAUUGCUGCACUUGUGCAAAGUGUUGAAUUUUGGAUUCCAUGCACUUUGAAAGGCGUUUCAGCCGCAGUCGAUGCGCCUAAUUUAGUGCCCAUCACAAGUCGUAUGUUGCAACAGCGAAAAUAUGGAUUGAGUUCACACCACGGUGAAGGAUGUCGAGAGACGUGGAUAAAUAAUAUGUGGGCAUACUUAAAUGUAUAUGAUAAUAUGGGACGCACACCAUUAUUACUCGCAGCAGAGUUGGGCCGAAGAAAAGCUAGUGCCUUUUUAAUGUCACUUCUACAGGAAUGCUCAAGGAAGUCUAUGAAGGUACCAGCUGAUAUCGCUCGUACGCUCUUUGUAAAUGGUGAUGUGUAUAACCCUGUUAGUCCAUUGUAA